AUGGGUAUUGUCGUUGGUAUUGCUGGUGAGGUUGCAGCUGAUGCUGCUGCCGAGGCCGCUGCUGAAGCAGCAGCUGAGGCUGCAGGAGAGGCUGCAGCAGAAGCAGCAGGAGAAGCGGCUGCUGAUGCAGCUGCAGAGGCAGCAGCAGAAGGAGCAGGUGAUGCUGCAGCCGAAGCUGCUGGCGAAGCGGCGGGAGAAGCAGCAGCGGAGGGAGCGGUAGACGCUGCUGUAGAUGAGGCAGCUGGCCAGGGAGCAAGUCAGAUCGUCAGGCAGGUGAUUAAGGCUGUUAUUAUUGUCACCAUGAUUGAGGAAGCUAUCCGAAACACCAUCAAAAUCGUUGAAGCUUACGAAGCCAAGGGUAGAAUAAAGAAAAUGCUCGAGCUGCUUCAGAAGGCUCUUAAAGACGCCAAAGACAACAUGAAGACGUGGAAUGACCAGAUCACCAAGGCCAUCAAGGAUGGAAAGCUGAAGGAGACAGUUAAGUUGCCUGACGGACUGGAGCUCAAUGUAGGUAAUCUUUUCAGUGCUGAGAUGAAUUCCAAGGUCAGUGACUUCCUGUCCGCUGUUCAAGGUCCCCUGUUGAAUGUUAACGCAGUGGCCAAGUCCAAGAAGAAGGACAUCGGAAAGAUCGAGGAUGCUGUCAAGAAGGCCAAGACCGCAUUCCUGAAAGCCGCUGAUCCUUUCCUGGCAACGGUGAAGACCUGGGAUGCCAAGGAUGAUGCCAUCAAGAAGGAGGCUGGUGUUGAUUUCCAUGUAGCCCAGCUUACAGCCAACAUCAAAGCCGUCAGGGAUCACGAUGCUUAA